AUGGAAUCAGAGGUCAAAUUGCAACAGGUUAGCAAGUGGGUAGAAAGUGAUGAAAAGAAGCCAGUUAAACUUAGUAUCGAGGAGCAAAGAGGCAUAUUUGGACAGAAACUGGAAGACACUGUUCGUUACGAGAAGAGAUAUGGGAACCGUCUGGCUCCAAUGUUGGUGGAGCAGUGUGUGGACUUUAUCCGACAAAGGGGGCUGAAAGAAGAGGGUCUCUUUCGACUGCCAGGCCAGGCUAAUCUUGUGAAGGAGCUCCAGGAUGCCUUUGACUGUGGAGAGAAGCCAUCAUUUGACAGCAACACAGACGUGCACACGGUGGCAUCUCUUCUUAAACUGUAUCUCCGAGAACUUCCAGAACCAGUUAUUCCUUAUGCGAAGUAUGAAGAUUUUUUGUCCUGCGCCAAACUGCUCAGCAAGGAGGAGGAAGCUGGUGUUAAGGAAUUAGCAAAGCAGGUGAAGAGUUUGCCAGUGGUCAAUUACAACCUCCUCAAGUAUAUUUGCAGGUUCUUGGAUGAAGUACAAUCCUAUUCAGGAGUUAACAAAAUGAGUGUGCAGAACUUAGCAACUGUCUUUGGUCCUAAUAUCCUGCGCCCUAAAGUGGAAGAUCCUUUGACCAUCAUGGAGGGCACUGUGGUGGUCCAGCAGUUGAUGUCAAUGAUGAUUAGCAAACAGGAUCGCCUCUUCCCCACAGAGACAGACCUACAAAGCAAGUCCCAAGAUGGGGUGAGCAACAACAACAAUGAAAUUCCAAAGAAAGCCACCAUGGGUCAGUUACAGAACAAGGAGAAUAAUAAUACCAAGGACAGCCCUGGCAGGCGCUGCUCUUGGGACCAGUCUGAGUCUCCCCAGAGAAGCAGCAUGGACAACGGAUCCCCCACGGCUCUCCCAGGCAGCAAAACCAAUAGCCCAAGGAACAGUGUCCACAAGCUGGAUGUCUCUAGGAGCCCCCCUCUCAUGGUCAAAAAGAACCCAGCCUUCAAUAAGGGUAGUGGGAUCGUCACCAAUGGGUCCUUCAGCAGCAGUAAUGCAGAAGGUCCUGAGAAAACCCAAACAACCCCCAAUGGGAGCUUACAGGCCAGAAGGACCUCUUUGCUGAAGGGGUCUGGUACCAAAAUGGGCACCCACAGUGUACAGAAUGGAACAGUGCGCAUGGGCAUUUUGAACCCCGACACGCUUGGAAACCCCAUGAAUGGUCGAAGCAUGAGCUGGCUGCCCAACGGCUAUGUGACCCUGAGAGACAACAAACAGAAAGAGCAAGCCGGAGAGUCAGGCCAGCACAAUAGGCUCUCCACCUACGACAAUGUCCAUCAGCAGUUCUCCAUGUUGAACCUUGACGACAAGCAGAGUGUCGACAGUGCCACCUGGUCCACUUCCUCCUGUGAAAUCUCGCUUCCGGAGAACUCCAACUCCUGUCGCUCCUCCACCACCACCUGCCCAGAACAAGACUUUUAUGGGGGGAACUUUGAGGACCCUGUUUUGGAUGGGCCUCCGCAGGAUGACCUUUCCCACCCCGGGGACUACGAAAACAAAAGUGACCAUAGGAGUGUGGGAGGUCGAAGUAGUCGUGCCACCAGCAGCAGCGACAACAGUGAGACAUUUGUUGGUAACAACUCCAGCAACCACAGUGCUCUGCACAGUUUAGUCUCCAGCCUGAAACAGGAAAUGACCAAACAGAAGAUAGAGUAUGAGUCCAGGAUAAAGAGCUUAGAACAGCGAAACUUGACUUUGGAAACAGAAAUGAUGAGCCUCCACGAUGAACUGGAUCAAGAAAGGAAAAAGUUCACGAUGAUAGAAAUCAAAAUGCGAAAUGCCGAGAGAGCAAAAGAAGACGCUGAGAAAAGAAAUGACAUGCUACAGAAAGAAAUGGAGCAGUUUUUUUCCACAUUUGGGGAGCUGACAGUGGAACCCAGGAGAACCGAGCGAGGAAACACAAUAUGGAUCCAGUGAGCCUGCUUUCUUCUGCUGUCUACGAUGGCUCUGAGAAGGAUUCUGGUGGUUCUGGUGAAAUAUUAUUUGGGACCAGGUGGCCGGUCACCUGGCUGUACAGAGCUCUAACCGGUGAAAGAAUAUCAUAUACAGACAUAAACCAUCCAUAUCUGCAAUGUGUACCAAAGUCAUAUAUCAUGCCCCAUAAUGCUACUGUCAAGUGUUACAACUGGAUAUGUGUAUAUAGAGUAGUUUUUAAAAAGUAAACUAAAAAGAAGAAGCAUAUCUCAAGAAUUAUUUUAUUGCAAGUCUUGUAUUUAAAGUGUUAAAUCAAUAUGUUGCAAUUUAGCUUGCUUUCAAGCUUCACCCCUUGCACUUAACAUAAGCUAUUUUUGGCAUUGUGUUAUCAUCAGCUUAUUUUAUAGAUCAAUAUUUUUAUUUCCCCUUUUGCUGAGGAAAUGAAGAUAAACAGAAAAUAUAAAUAUAUAUAAAAUAUAUAAGAUGAGUUAUUAAAAUCAAAAGAAUGCUUUGUGGCUGUGCUGUUUGUGCCAAUAGACAUUGCCAUGACCAAAAAGAGAAAUGUAAAUCAUUUUAUAAAAUACAGUAGAAUCACCAGGAACCUUUGAACUGCUCUUAAUUUCUUCCCUUGGCACUGCUCAGUUUUGCUUUGUGAGAUGAUUUGACAUAGGAACUUUGAGGCUGUGCAAGAAAGUCCCCUUCUCGAGCUCCCCCCCCCCACCGUCUACCUUGCCAGAUCCACAGAUAUAUAGCUCCCAUGUAGGAUGCACCUUAGGAGGGGGAAAAUGGUAAAAAAUGACAUUUUAAUCAGUCACAUCUUGAAUUCCUCUGUCCUUCUGGACUGCAUCUCUAUAACUGCUGGGUAGUUAUUAGAGGAAUUCUUACUGCUGUUUGGAAGGUGAGAAACAAUGCUUGCUAAACCUUGCCCAUAUGGGCACCUGUCCCACACCCAAACCUCUCCCCCACCUCCCAACAUUUGCACUUUGGAAUGCCAGCAGUGAAACAGUAUUCCUAUUCCUCUCAGUGAAACUGCUAGAGUAUGUGUCAUAUGGUGGUAUAUUCCUCUUGCUCAGGCUGCGUCAUCUGGGAUUCUGCCUGCACCACAGCUGGCAAAGGCAGUUUGCACAAGAGGAAAACUAUGGGAGGAAGGGGACCAGGAGAUGAAGGAGAAAAGUUUGGACGGAACAAGCUGUUUUUCUUCUAAUUUUGACAAUGUCUUUCUUCCUGUUGAAAACAUGUUCAUUCACAAUACUUUUAAAACAUGAAUGCGUAAAGGUGUAACUUUCUAGAAAAACCCAGGGGUCUCUGGAGCUAGAGUUUUUGGUGAGUAAUUCUUUGCACUUCAAUAAGAUAAUGAUUUUGAGAAGCCAAGCAAAUAAAUCUUUCUCACACUAGAACAAAAAGUCACAGAAGGCAUAAACAAAAAUAAAGACUACCUGUGUUUAUAGGA